GCGCUGGCCGCCUGGGCCGAGCCGCACCUGGAGCGCCUGCUGCGGGAGAAACUGGAUGGACUGGCCAAGCUGCGGACUGCCCGGGAAGCCCCAUCGGAGUGCGUCUGUCCCCCAGGUCCCCCUGGAAGGCGUGGCAAGCCCGGAAGAAGAGGCGACCCUGGUCCUCCAGGGCAAUCAGGACGAGAUGGCUACCCGGGGCCGCUGGGUCUGGACGGCAAACCCGGACUUCCAGGCCCCAAAGGGGAAAAGGGUGCACCAGGAGACUUUGGCCCUUGGGGAGAACAAGGCCAAGAUGGAGCUGCAGGGCCUCCAGGGCCCCCUGGACCCCCUGGGGCACGGGGCCCUCCUGGAGACACGGGAAAAGAUGGCCCCAGGGGACCUCAAGGCCUGACGGGUCCCAAGGGAGAGCCUGGACAGCUCGGCGAGGUGGGCCCCAAGGGACCCCCAGGGCCCCAGGGUGAGCCCGGCACUCCCGGAAAGAAGGGGGAGGACGGGACACCCAGCCAGCCUGGGCUCCCUGGACCCCCAGGGCCCCAGGGCGAGCCAGGCAGUGUGGGGCCCCGAGGGCAGGACGGCGUGGAUGGCGCCCCAGGACCAAAGGGGGAUCCUGGGCCUCCAGGCACCGAGGGAGCCACAGGGCCCCGGGGUGCCCCAGGCCUCAAGGGUGAGCAGGGAGACACGGUGGUGAUCGACUAUGACGGCAGGAUCCUGGAUGCCCUGCAGGGUCCUCCAGGGCCGCAGGGAGCCCCAGGGCCUCCAGGGAGCCCCGGAGCCAAGGGUGAGCUCGGCCUGCCCGGUGCCCCAGGAAUCGAUGGGGAGAAGGGCCCCAAAGGACCAAAAGGAGACGCAGGAGAGCCUGGGCCGGCAGGACCCAAAGGGGAAGCAGGCGAGAUGGGCUUAUCAGGUCUUCCGGGCACCGACGGCCCCAAGGGAGAGAAGGGAGACUCAGCAUCUGAGAGCCUGCAGGAGAGCCCGGCCCAGAUCAUAGCAGAAGCAGGGCCCCCUGGACCCCCAGGCCCCCCUGGACCCAUGGGCCUCCAGGGAAUUCAGGGUCCCAAGGGCUUGGACGGAGCGAAGGGAGAGAAGGGGGAGUCAGGCGAGAGCGGCCCCAGAGGCCCGCCCGGGCCUGUUGGCCCGCCAGGCCUUAUUGGGUUGCCAGGAACCAAAGGAGAGAAGGGCAGACCUGGGGAGCCAGGACUCGAUGGCUUCCCUGGACCCCGGGGAGAGAAAGGUGACCAGAGCGAGCGUGGGGAGAAGGGAGAGCGAGGCAUCCCCGGCCGGAAAGGAAUGAAGGGCCAGAAGGGAGAGCCGGGGCCACCAGGCCUAGACCAGCCAUGUCCUGUGGGACAAGAUGGGCUGCCCGUGCCUGGCUGCUGGCAUAAGUGAUCCCAGGCCCAGCUCGCCACCUGUACAGAUCUGCGUGGACCCUCUUAAUUGUAAAAACAAAACAGUAAUAUAUUGAUCUUCUGUGGAAUGCACCACUAUGGCCUAGGACCCUGGAGGGAGCAAGCAGCCUGGCAGUGGCAGAGAGCGAGGCAGGCGGACAGUGUGCGCUGGCGGCACUGCAGGGUCCACUGGCCCCGAUGGAGACAACAGUGACAGUGCCUGCUCCGCUUGGGCUGCCGGUCACCUGAUUAGCAGACAUGGCUGGCCUCCACCUUACAAGAGCUGUGCCCCAAGCCAGAAGCCCGGUCACAUUAGAUCCAACCAGACGUCACUGCCCCCUCAGCCACAGGUGGCUACCCUGGACCCUGGCUCAGCGGGGCAGGACACGACUGUGGGCGCUUGCCACUGACUAGGGGGCAUUCUGUUGAAAGCUCCCGGUGCUGGCCUGGCUUGCUCGGGAAGCUGCAAGAACUUGCGUCCAGGCCCGGCUCUGCGGUUGCUGGCAUGGAGAGCCAGCUGCGGGUGCCUGGGGUUCCUGAGCGGCGGUGGACAGUCCAGGUUGGACCAGCUGCUACUGCCUGUGACUUUCCAUAUCACUCCAACAGACAGGAGCGGGUGCUGCUGCCCCUGAGGAGAUGGUCCAUCUGGCCCCGAGCCUCCCAGCCAGGACUGUGGGCAGCCUGGCAGCAAGGUGCCUGCUGGCGAGUUGUGCAGAUGAAGCGAGGUACAAGGCUGGUCCCGCAGGCCUGCGCAGGGGCUCCCGGCAGCCCAGCCCGAGCUGUCUUCUUCCCCCGUGUAGAUGGGUUUGCUCAUGUAAUAAACACCACCG